AUGCCGGUGGUGGAGGUGUACAGCGUGGAGCAAUUCCGAGACCUUGUGAAUGAGGACCUCCUUACAGUGGCCUGGUUUACGGCGUUGUGGUGCGGCCCCUGCAAGACCAUAGAGCGUUCCAUGGAGAAGAUGACAUUUGAAUUUCCGACGGUGCGGUUUGCAAAGGUGGACGCUGACAACAACUCCGAGAUUGUAUCGAAGUGCAAGGUGCUGCAGCUUCCUACGUUUAUGCUGGUGCGUCAGGGCAAGCUACUUGGGCACGUUAUUGGGGCAAACCUGGACAUGCUGAAGCGGAAGAUUCGGGAAAGCAUGGGCAAUACGUGA